AAGGGAACGGACUCGUCAGUCCGACAGUAUAGUUCAGUACUAUACAGUAGCGGAUGUGGAUGGCAAUAGACGAGAUUGUGAUUUCAAGAAUGCGUGGUAUUGGAUUGAACAUUGGGAUAUAUUAUUUUUACACGAAGGAUUAAUUACCAAGAAAGGAAUACAAUUGCGGUGAGAUCAUCGGGGACUACCUGUUCCGAUGAGUACGCGUGUGGUGUGAGCGUCAUUACCAACACUCUAGUAUAGAGAAAGUAACGGUGGAGAACCAUGAGGUGUGCCUUGUUUAUUGUUGUAGCCUCUGCGCUCUAUUCGUCUGCCUCAAUUCAAUAUCCACCACAAAUAAUAAAACAGCCACCUACAGACGAACUGCUCUUUCAAGUAGCUCAAGCGAAUCUUAAUGAAAAUGACAAACCUUUUGUAAUUGAGUGCGAGGCGGAAGCAAAGCCUCGAGCGCAAUAUCGCUGGAUAAAGAAUGGCAAGAAAUUUGACUGGCCGACGUACGACGAUCGUAUUUCGCAGCAACCAGAACACGGUACUUUAGUGAUCUCUCGUCCCCGAGACGAAGAUCUCGGGCAGUACCAGUGCUUCGCCGAGAAUGAAUGGGGAAUAGCCACCUCGAACUCAGUCUUUGUUAGAAAAGCAGAGCUCAACUCUUUCAAAGACGAAGAUCCAGUGACACUGACAGCGAAUGAAGGAGAGCCUUUCAAGAUGACCUGUCAGCCACCGGACGGCUGGCCCAAGCCCAACGUUUACUGGCUGAUUCAGGAAAUGACUGGCAUAAUAAAAUCCAUCAACAACUCUAGGAUGACUCUAGAUCCCGAGGGAAACCUUUGGUUCUCCAAUGUUACCAGGGACGAUGCAUCUGACGAAUUUUAUUAUGCCUGUGCAGCAACGUCCCUCUACAGAAAGGAAUACAAAGUGGGUAACCGUUUCCUUUUGAACGUCAUUUCCUCAGGAGCAUCAGCUUCACAGAACAAACAUGAGCUUGUACGUCAGUAUCUCUCAAGGAAGAACGAAGUAGCCCUACGAGGUAAAAAAAUCGAACUCUACUGCAUAUUCGGAGGUACGCCCCUCCCUGAAACAAUUUGGAUGAAGAACGGGGUGAGAAUAAAACCGAAUGAUCGAGUAAGACACGGGAAUUAUGGAAAAUCGUUAAUAAUAACACGUACAGAUUUCGGAGAUGAAGGAGCUUACACUUGUGAAGUCUCCAAUGGCGUUGGAAAAGCUGCGACUCACUCGAUGGACCUGAAAGUUAUGGCAAUCCCGUACUUCACUGUUGAACCGGAGUCUCAAACAGCAGCGGAAGACGAAACGGUAGAAUUCAGAUGUGAGGCGAGUGGAAUUCCCGAGCCUGAGAUUAAAUGGAUCCACAAUGGUAAACCAAUCGCUGAGGCUCCUCCGAAUCCUCGAAGAAAGGUCACCGCCAAUAGAAUUAUCAUUGAAAAAUUGACAAAAAAAGAUACUGGAAAUUAUGGUUGUAACGCCACAAACUCUUUGGGUUAUGUUUACAAGGACGUUUACGUAAACGUCCGCGCCCUAGAGCCAAAGAUAACUGAACCUCCGGAGAAUGGAGCGACAGUCGAUGGAGAAACAGUGACAAUGAUCUGCAAAGUUUUUGGAGCUCCAAAACCCGAAGUAAAAUGGAUCAGAAAUGGUCUAGAGCUCACUGGUGGUCGUUACAAGACCUUAGAAACGGGUGAUCUCGAAAUAACGAAUGUUAAUUUUGGUGACGCAGGCACCUAUACAUGUCAUGCAGCCAAUAAAUUCGGUCAAGUUGAAGCAUCAGCCGCCCUCGUUGUAAAAGAGCACACGAAAAUCAUCGAAACCCCCGAGGAUUACGAAGUUGUUGCAGGUGAAACAGCUACCUUCAGAUGUAACGCAGUUGCUGACUCGAGCUUAACACUCCAGAUUGAUUGGCUACGAAAUGAUGAAGUACUGGAUACCGAGACAGAGCCCAGAUUUAUCGUAACGAGUGAUUUCUCGCUAUCGAUCACCAAAACCACUGAAUUAGACUCUGGAAUUUACACUUGUCUCGCUACCACUGAGCUGGAUAAGAGGGAAGCACAAGCAACAUUAAUAGUUCAGGACGUGCCUAAUGCUCCUAUUCUUACAGACACGCAAUGCCUCGAGAAGGAUGCAAAAGUCUCCUGGCAACCAAUGGGAGACAACCGUGCGCCGAUUCUUCGUUAUGCCAUCCAAUACAACACAUCAUUCGCUCCUGAUGCUUGGGAAACUGCCCUCUUUUCGAUUUCAGCAACCGAGCAGAAGUACUCAAUCGCCAUGUCUCCCUGGGCCAAUUAUACUUUCAGAGUCGUUGCUUGGAAUAAGAUAGGACCAUCAAUUCCAUCCUCACAUUCAACAGUUUGCACCACUCAGCCUGAUGUGCCUUACAAGAAUCCUUCUAACGUUAUGGGGAAUGGAACAACUCCACAGAAUCUCGUCAUCAGCUGGACUGUGAUGCCUCAGAUUGAGCAUAACGCACCUAGGUUUAUAUACAGGGUUUAUUACAGGAGGGAUAUUCCUGGACAGGAUUGGACAAGAGAAGAUAUUUAUAAUUGGAGGACGCAUACAUAUGUAGUUGAUAAUCAACCAACAUAUCAACGGUAUCAAAUUAAAGUAACGGCGAUCAAUGAGAUUGGAGAGUCGAGAGUGGUGCCUGAUAUUGUCAUUGGACAUUCUGGAGAGGAUCAACCGACCGCAGCUCCGGGGAAUUUUAAGGUUGAGGAGGUCCUAUCAAGUACCACUGCAGUCCUUACGUGGACUGGGGUUCCUUUAGACAUGGUCAGGGGUGAGUUGAGGGGUUACAAGGUGCAAACGUGGACGGAGAGGGAUGGCGAGGAUGGUAUGAGGGAGAUUACGGUGCCAGGGCCUGACAGCACUAUGGCUGUAAUUAAUAAAUUUGUGCCGUUUAACAAGAAUUAUGUGAGAAUAUUUGCUUUUAAUGGGCGGUUUAAUGGGCCUCCUUCGGAAACAUUGAAUUUUGAAACUUCUGAGGGGGUGCCUGGAACUGUACUGAGUCUUGAUGCCUAUCCGAUGGGAUCUAGUGCGUUUUGGCUGCGGUGGACUAAGCCGGCUGAGCCCAAUGGUAGACUCACUGGCUAUAGGAUUUAUUAUCAGGUGGUUAAUGGAACUGAGUUGGGAGCGCUGCUAGAGCGUCAACCUCAUGUCCUGGAUCCUCAGGCAACUGCAGCCAAAUUAGCGAGUCUGAAACCGGAGACCAAGUAUAGGGUUCACAUCAAGGCUACAACGCAAGCUGGCGAAGGUGUCAACUUCUACAUCGAAGAGACCACGAGAGCCUCCCGAAAACCAGAUGUCCCGGUAUUUAGAUGGGAGAAUAUUCCAAACUACAAUGGUUAUGCCAUUGUGAGAAUCAUUUGGAUGCCAAAUAGACAAGGAUAUCCUGGCAGUCACUUCUUCGUCACAUACAGGCUGUAUCAUCAUCCUCAUCAGCUGCAGACUGAUCCGGAGUUUCAGGGUGAUGAGAUCGAGAUUAGGGGACUGCAGGCUGGAGAGACUUAUGAGAUGAGAGUGGUAGCAGUCGAUGGCAAGUACUUGACAGUGAGUGAACCGCAGAUGGUGUGGACAACCAGUGACGGACCUGUCAUCGAGCCGGCUGAGAAUUUUGCUACUGCCAGCUGGUUCAUCGGCUUGGUGCUGGCAAUACUACUUCUUAUUCUAUUACUGGUUCUCGUCUGUAUGGUGAAACGUAAUCGUGGAGGCAAAUAUGGAGUGCUGGAACGCGACUUGACAGCAGGGAGGAACGAGUACCCCGAUGGGUUCAGUGAAUAUUCACAACCCCUAGACACAAAAUCCGCUGGGGGUCGAACUUCUGCUGCUUCGUCGUCUCACCCUGAUGGAAAGCACCAUGAUUCUGAUGAGGACUCUCUGACCGAAUAUCAGGAGGGUGAUACUACAGAGGGUAUGAACGAAGAUGGGUCAUUCAUUGGUCAGUACGGACGGAAAAAGGCAGAACCGAAUCCUAAGGCCUUUGCUACCGUGGUUUGAGAAAGGCCGUUUCACAGAAGACGGAUCAUUUAUCGGGCAGUAUGGUCCAAGAAAUCAAUCAGAUCCAUCUCCCAGUCCUGGCAUAUCAGCAACGUACGUCUAAUUCAAGAUAAAAAAGAUGUUUGUUUGCGUCUCAGCCUUAACUGAUGCCCAAAGAUUUAAAAAAAUACGAUUUCCUCACAAACAAUGCAACUAUGGAAAAAGUAUAUAUCUUCCACCGUGCGCAAUGUCCAGAAUCAAUCAAAUGAGAAUAUUAUUUAUAUAAAUCUCAUUAUGUUUUUACUUAUUAUACCAACAAAAUUUUUUAUAAAGAUUAGAUUUAAUAUUCAUCUUGAAUUCUCAUGACAUAUCGUUCAUCAACGACUCGAGAAAUAGUUUAUACUAUAGAUAUAAAUAUAAAACAGUCUAUGGACCAUUCUACCAAUUCCUAGACGCAAAUCCGGCUUCAACAUUAUCGAUUUUUUUUUUGUGCUCUUCCGACCAUUCGUGUCUAGAAAACGAGAUUUCCCGAUUAUGGGAGGUCCAUCGCUUCAAUUGACCGGUUUUCACGUGAUUAUCCAUUUUUCUUUCGAAAUUGUUCGCUCAAAUUUAACGUAUUUAAAAGUGUU